AUGUGUAGACCAAUUAUUCAUAAACUGUUUAGGGUUCAGCGAUUCAUCGUAUUGUGAGCAAUGCACAGAAAGAGCCCAUGGGGCAGUAAAGCGAAUGUGAUACGAAUGCUAUUUUUGUGGAAACUAUAUAUGAUCAUAAAUGCGAGUAAUAUGAUGCUUUAUAUUGCGAUAUCUGUAGCACUGGUAAAUGGUUUGACUGUAAAGGAGGGGUUUUAG